GUCAGGCCACGCGAGAUAAAGCACCGGAUGUGCCCUUGCUAUCUUGGCAGUGGCCUGAAAGACCGUGGCAACGAGUGCAUGUAGAUUUGCGGAGAAAGAAGGGAAGCAUUUUUUGAUAGUCACUCGAAAUGGUUGGAAGUGAUGCCGACAGGAAGUACUACAGCGGCAAAGACCAUUGAGGGACUGAGAGAGAAGUUUGCAGCAUUUGGAAUUCCACAUGAAUUAGUAAGUGACAAUGGCCCACAAUUCACGGCUGGGGAAUUUGAGGACUUUUGCAGCGUCAAUGGGAUCAGGCAUACCUUAGUGGCACCUACCAUCCAGCCAGCAAUGGGGCAGCAGAGCGAGCAGUGAGGAUCCUGAAAGAUGCACUUUUGAGAGACGUACUCCAGAAGUAACAAGGGGGCAGAGAUGUCCUUGAAACACAGAUUGGCUAACUUUUUAAUUAUGUAUCGGAGCACACCACAUAGUGUAACAGGAAGAACUCCAGCAGAAUUGCUGUUUGGCAGACCGAUUCGCACCAAAUUCAGUCUGCUCAGGCCAAAUUUGAGGAAGACUGUGGAGGAGAGGCAGAGACAACAAAGGAAGGGUCAUGAUUCUCCACGGAUGAAAGAGCAAAGCUUUGAGCAAGGAAAAAAAGUUGCUAUAUGGAACAAGCAGAGAGGUCCGGAGAAAUGGAUGCAGGGAACCGUAAUUGAAGCAAAGGGACCGAGGAACUACACCAUCCUAACACCAGACCGGAACAGAAUUGUGCAUGCUGAUGAUAUAGUGACAGCCGGCGGUUCAGAUUCAGUAUCAACGAGUAUUAGUACUCCUAACAAGGGAGCAGCAGAGAAGGUGAUUAUAGGGACUAUUUCAACAGAUGAAAGAAAAGAUACUGUACCGAAUGAAACAACUACCAGCACAAAGCAUGAGGAUACCAAGACAACAAAGAGAACAGAAGAGACUGCAACCAUGGUCGAGAGACGUUAUCCAAGAAGAGACAGAAAGCCGUUAGUAAAAUUAGAUUUAUGAAUAACUAAACAGGGCACUAGCUAAUGGAAAAGAGAGGAGUGUAGUAGAGUGCACGCAUGCGCAGUCUGGGUAGUAUAGUCUGAAUGCGUUCUUAGCUGUCAGUCUACGAGUUGCACUCUAUAGUAAUAUCGUACGUCUGGUGUACGUGAUAUACCCGUAGGGAAUAUAUUACAACGACAGCUUCACUUUCGACCGCUAGAGAUUCGGCGUGCCCGAUCCAAAUUCGGACUCACCCUUCUUUUUA